AUGACCGGCAACGCGGAAAUGCAGCUGGAGGAUGACCAGCUGGAAGGCGGCCGCAACUACCCGAAGCGGUGCGCGGCGUGCAAGUAUCUGCGGCGGAGGUGCGCCCACGACUGCGUGCUCGCCCCCUACUUCCCGGCGUCGCACCCCCACCGCUACGCCUGCGUGCAUCGAGUCUUCGGCGCCAGCAACGUCGCCAGGAUACUCCAGAGCUUGCCGGUGGAGGAGAGAGGGCAGGCGGCGGAGACGUUGGCCAUGGAGGCGCAGUGGAGAGUGGGGGACCCGGUGUACGGAUGCACCGGGAUCAUCGACCGUCUGCAGGAGGAGAUCCUCGCCGCACAAUGCGAGCUCGCCAGGACAAGGGCGCAGCUCGACAUGGCAGCCGCUCAGCUACAGCUCCAGCAGCAAGCUCCUGUUUCUCUUUCCCCGCCAACGCUGCCGACAAAUAUGCCGCAGCGAGCCGGCGGCCAUCUCCACGUCGCUGUCGCGCCGAAGCAGGAGGAGGCGCCGUUUCUUGACCCAGACGAGUUCCUCGAUCUUGAUGGAUUUUGA